AUGAACAGUGCACUAAUGAUGUAUCUGGUCUGUUAUUUGGUUGUUGCUCUUACACUAAUUGUUGUUGGUUCUAUCUCAUACAAUGGUGUUAAAACUAAUAUUAGUACCAAAGAUGAUAGUUUUCUUGUUAAAUGGUCGGUAGCAGUAGUCAUUUUUCUUGGAUGUGCAUCGAUCUUAGUCUAUUGUUUUGGUAUUUCUCAAAAAUGGAUGAGAUUUAACGAUUUUAUAAUAAAAUUUUUGAUGUUGCUCAUUAGUCAUAUCAUUUUGGAUAUUAGUGCCAUGAUAAUUAUUGUAAAAUUAAAUCGACAUGUAAAUGAUGUAACGGCAUUUGGCAGUUAUUUAUCCGGUUUAUAUUUAAUUGUUUCAUUAUCAAUUAUUUUCCAAUUAGUUGGUAUUGUCUAUUUUUCAAUUGCUAAUUGGUAUGGUGAUUACAUAGAUGAUUAA